UUGUGAUCGAAAAAGCAAAGGCAAAAGCAAAAGAGCAAGAAAAAGCCAAAAAAGAAACCCCCAACAACCUUGGCACGUGAAUCACUACUACUAAAUCGUUGCCAAAACUUCUCGGCUCACCCAAACCUUGAACAAAAAAAGCCAUGGACGAAGCAUCCCCCUACUUCAACCUCGGCACCUACUCUCGCCCCGUGUCCUCCCCUAGCGCCGCCGCCCGCACAUGGGUAAACCGGGGCCUGAUCUGGUCGUACGGGUUCAACCACGAGGAGUCCGUGAAAUGCUUCGAGCGCGCCAUCGCAUGCGACGCCGAGUGCGUGCUCGCGUACUGGGGGCUCGCGUACGUGCUGGGCCCCAACUACAACAAGCCGUGGGACUUCUUUGACCCCGUGGAGCUGGAGGCUGUGAUGCGCAGGACGCAUGGUGUGGUUGACCAGGCGCUGGUCUUGGCUAAGGGGGGUGAGGAUGAUGAUGAUGAUGGUAAGAAGGAGGGCAGCAAGGUGACGCCCGUGGAAAGGGCGUUGGUUGAGGCGUUGAAGUUUCGGUAUCCGCAUGGGCACUCUGCGGGAGAAGGGGAGGGAGAUGAGAAGGAGAAGGAGAAGGAGGGCAAGGGGAACCGCGACCGAAACUUCCCGAUCUGGAACGCGCGCUACGCCGACGCCAUGGGUGCCGUGUACCGGCGAUUCCCCACUGACCUCGACGUCGCAACCCUCUACGUCGACGCGAUGAUGAACCUAACUCCCUGGCAGCUCUGGGACAUCCACACCGGCUCCCCCGCCCCCGGCGCACGCACUCUAGAAUGCAAAGCCGUGCUCGAGCGAUCCAUGGCCCAAAACAACGAAAACGGUGAUGGUUCACGGCACCCGGGCCUACUACACCUAUACAUCCACCUAAUGGAGAUGUCCACCACCCCCGAAGCCGCCCUCCCCGCCGCCAACACCCUGCGGGACCUCGUGCCGGACGCGGGCCACCUCGACCACAUGCCCACGCACAUCGACGUGCUCGUCGGCGACUACCAGCGCGCCAUGUCCUCCAACCAAACCGCCAUCAUCGCCGACGACCUCUUCUUCUCCCACCCCUCCCUGUCCUCCGAGCCGCCAGGCUUCUACACCCUCUACCGCAUGCACGACCUGCACUUCCGCCUCUACGCCGCCAUGUUCGCGGGCCAAUCCGCCGUCGCCCUCGAGACCGUCGCGCGCCUCGAGCAAGCCGUGCCCGAGUCCCUGCUCCGCGUGGAGUCCCCGCCCAUGGCCGACUGGCUCGAGGGCUUCCUCGCCAUGCGCGUGCACGCCCUGAUCCGCUUCGGGCGGUGGCGCGCCCUGCUCUCCCUGCCCCUGCCCCCCGACGCCGCCCUGUACUGCACCACGCACGCGCUGACGCACUACGCGCGCGGCGUCGCCUUCGCCGCCACCGGCGACGUCGCCUCCGCCGCACAGUCGCGGUCGCGGUUCCUCGACGCCGUCGACCGGGUCCCCGCGUCCCGCAUGCUCUUCAACAACACCUGCCGCGACAUCCUGGCCGUCGCCGCCGCGAUGCUCGACGGCGAGCUCGAGUACCGCCGCGGCAACCACGAGGCCGCCUACCGCUUGCUCCGCGAGGCCGGGCGGCGCAGCCGCGGGCUCCCGUACGACGAGCCGUGGGGGUGGAUGCAGCCGCCGAGCCACGCGCUGGGCGCGCUGCUGGCGGAGCAGGGGCACUACGACCGUGCGGUGGGGGUGUAUGCGGAGGAUCUGGGGAUGGGGGAGGAAGGGGCAUUGUUGCCGCGCGCGCUGCAGCAUCGGGGCAAUGUGUGGGCGCUGCAUGGGUACCACGAGUGUCUGGUGAAGCUGGGGAGGGAGGAGGAGGCGGAGGCGGUUAGGCCGCAGUUGGAUGCGGCGCUGGCGGUGGCGGAUGUCCCGAUUAAGGCGUCGUGUUUUUGCCGGACGAGCGCGUAUUAGGUGGUUACCUACCUAGAUUAGGUGGCUCUUUGGAAGCCUUGGAGCGUUUUGUUGGGCAUGAUGAGCACGACUUGAUGAGCAUUGAGCAUAUGCAUAGCUAUGCAUCAUUUAGGUAGCAUUUACCGUAGAUAUCACAACCACGUUAAGGAGAUAGGCCUAUAUACUAUAUAUAUCUUGUAUUUCAAUAUCUGCCUAGCAAA